ACGAAAAAUUAAAAUCUAAGUAACGCGCCAAAGUUAAAGGAAAAAAACGAACGACACAAACACAAAGUACAAAGCACAAGGACGAUGUGGUCCUUUUUGACGAGAUUAGAUGUGUAAGCAGGUGUGAAAAGCUUCUGGUGUUGGUACAACAAAUGCGAAAAAGCCAACGGCAAAACAGCAGCAGACAAGACGAACAAUUGCGAUAUCGGCUGAACAUUCGAGCACAUAAACAACGAGAAGCGGGUGCAACUCCACGAGGAAAAAAUUAGCAUCGAAAACCCAGCACACGGAAAUUCAUCAAAAUGAGUGAUGAUCAAAUAACACCAAAUGAUGAAAAAGUUGCCAAACAUCAAGUUGUUGCCUACACACAAAAGUCCCAAAUUAAACAUGAAAAUCGACACAUACAAUUGGUGCGGGAAUAUGGAUUUCAUCCAAGAACGAAAGCUACCGUCGAGGAUGGUGACGUUUUGCCAAAGAAAUUUGAGCCAUUUCCAGAAAAUAUGUAUGGAAAACCUUUGGAAGAAAUUGAUAGUUUCAUAUACGAAGAGAUUUUUGCUGUCACAGAUAAAACAAAUUUAAAUGAUAAUAUUAAAUACACCUAA